CAAAGGACCUAUCCGUUACUUUUUCUUUCUUUGUUUUAAUUUUCUGAUUUCUUUCUCAUCUUCUCAACUUGGUAUUCGGUAUUCGUGGAAUCGAGGGCUUCUGCCAGCAUUUCAGGAAUCAUGGCUAGGGUUUUGGCUCAGUCAAUUAAUGUCCCAGGCCUAGUGGCUGGGCAAAGGCAUGGUCAGCAUAAGAGAUCUGCAAAAUUAAAAAGAUCUGUCAAAAUGAUGUAUACCUUAAGGAUGCCUGCAUUAAGACUGGCAGGUUUUUCAGGACUACGUACUUUUAAUCCUUUGGAUACUAUGUUGAGACCAGGACCAGACUUUCAUUCUAAGGUGCUAACUGCAACUUCUUCAAGUCGAGCACGGGCUAGCAGAUGCAUACCUAAAGCCAUGUUUGACCGUUUCACAGAGAAAGCAAUCAAAGUUAUCAUGCAAUCCCAGGAGGAAGCUAGACGGCUGGGUCACAAUUUUGUUGGAACAGAACAGAUUCUAUUAGGUCUUAUUGGUGAGGGAACUGGUAUUGCUGCUAAGGUUCUAAAGUCUAUGGGAAUUAAUCUUAAAGAUGCACGUGUGGAAGUGGAAAAGAUAAUUGGAAGGGGUAGUGGAUUCGUUGCCGUUGAGAUUCCAUUUACUCCCCGUGCGAAGCGUGUUUUGGAACUCUCACUGGAAGAAGCUCGCCAACUUGGUCACAAUUAUAUUGGAUCUGAGCACUUGCUUCUGGGUCUCCUUAGAGAGGGAGAGGGUGUAGCAGCACGUGUUCUUGAAAACCUGGGUGCUGAUCCAACUAAUAUUCGCACUCAGGUUAUUCGCAUGGUUGGUGAGGGUGCUGACAGCGUUGGUGCUACUGUUGGCCCUGGAAGUAGUAGCAAUAAGUUACCAACUUUGGAGGAGUAUGGCACCAAUUUGACCAAGCUAGCAGAGGAGGGAAAAUUGGAUCCUGUUAUGGGUAGGCAGCAACAAAUUGAGCGUGUCACUCAAAUUCUGGGCCGUCGUACAAAAAAUAAUCCUUGUCUUAUUGGAGAACCUGGUGUCGGGAAGACGGCAAUUGCUGAAGGUCUUGCCCAACGGAUCGCAAAUGGUGAUGUUCCUGAAACCAUAGAGGGAAAGAAGGUUAUAACCCUUGAUAUGGGUCUGCUUGUAGCUGGAACUAAAUAUCGUGGAGAAUUUGAGGAGAGACUGAAGAAACUAAUGGAGGAAAUCAAACAAAGUGAUGAGAUAAUACUUUUUAUUGAUGAAGUGCACACUCUAAUUGGAGCAGGAGCAGCUGAAGGGGCAAUUGAUGCUGCAAAUAUAUUAAAACCAGCUCUUGCCAGAGGUGAACUGCAGUGUAUAGGAGCCACAACACUGGAUGAAUACAGGAAGCACAUUGAAAAAGAUCCAGCUUUGGAGAGGAGAUUCCAGCCAGUUAAGGUGCCAGAGCCAACUGUGGAUGAAUCCAUACAAAUACUAAAAGGACUUAGAGAACGCUAUGAGAUUCAUCACAAGCUCCGAUAUACUGAUGAGGCUCUUGUAGCUGCUGCACAGCUGUCACACCAAUAUAUCAGUGAUCGAUUUUUGCCCGACAAAGCUAUAGACUUGAUUGAUGAAGCUGGUUCCCGAGUCCGGCUUCAACAUGCACAGAUGCCUGAAGAAGCAAGAGUGCUCGACAAGGAGGUCAGGCAGAUUGUGAAGGAGAAAGAAGAAGCUGUUCGCAACCAAGACUUUGAAAAGGCUGGAGAGCUACGAGAUAGAGAAAUGGAUCUUAAGAGUCAGAUCUCAGCACUAAUAGAAAAAGGAAAGGAGAUGAGCAAGGCAGAGAGUGAGGCAGGAGAUGGAGGACCAGUUGUGACUGAAAUCGACAUACAACAUAUUGUCUCCUCCUGGACUGGUAUUCCUGUUGAGAAAGUCUCGACAGAUGAAUCUGAUCGUCUCCUCAAGAUGGAAGAUACAUUACACAAGCGAGUCAUUGGUCAAGAUGAAGCAGUAAAAGCUAUUAGCCGGGCUAUCCGUCGAGCCCGAGUUGGGCUGAAGAACCCUAAUCGUCCAAUUGCCAGCUUCAUCUUUUCUGGGCCAACUGGUGUGGGGAAGUCUGAGUUGGCCAAAGCGUUGGCUACUUAUUACUUUGGUUCUGAAGAAGCCAUGAUUCGGCUUGACAUGAGUGAAUUUAUGGAAAGGCACACAGUCUCCAAACUCAUUGGCUCACCGCCUGGAUAUGUUGGUUACACUGAGGGUGGUCAAUUGACUGAGGCAGUUCGGCGUCGUCCCUACACUGUUGUUCUCUUUGAUGAGAUUGAGAAAGCCCAUCCUGAUGUUUUCAACAUGAUGCUUCAGAUCCUGGAAGAUGGAAGGCUAACGGACAGUAAGGGAAGAACUGUGGACUUCAAGAAUACACUUCUUAUAAUGACAUCAAAUGUUGGAAGCAACGUGAUUGAGAAAGGAGGCCGUCGUAUAGGAUUUGACCUUGAUUAUGAUGAAAAGGAUAGCAGUUACAAUCGAAUCAAGAGCUUGGUGACUGAGGAGCUGAAGCAAUAUUUUAGGCCUGAGUUUUUGAAUAGGUUGGAUGAAAUGAUUGUUUUCAGGCAACUCACAAAACUGGAGGUGAAGGAGAUAGCUGACAUAAUGCUGAAGGAGGUGUUUGAGAGACUGAAAGCCAAAGAUAUUGAGCUUUCAGUUACGGAGCGAUUCAAGGAGAGAGUGGUUGAGGAAGGUUAUGAUCCUAGUUAUGGGGCUAGGCCUCUAAGAAGAGCCAUAAUGCGACUUUUGGAGGACAGCAUGGCUGAGAAGAUGCUUGCUAGAGACAUUAAAGAGGGCGACUCUGUUAUAGUGGAUGCAGAUUCUGAUGGUAAUGUGAUUGUGCUCAAUGGCACUAGUGGUACCCCAGUGUCGCUGCAGGAGGCUCUUCCUGUAUAACGUAGUUGCCUUUGCUUAGUUGUUUGGACUUGUUUCUUUCAAAACACAGUCAUAGCCAGUUUAGUUGUCAAUCAACCUAAAGCUUUUAAUUAACUACUGGAAGUCCUAGGGACGUUUUGCUCAUAUAGCCAUCAAAGCAAGUAGAGAAGAGUUGGGGAGAAUGCAAAAUGGCGCUACUGUUUGUCAUACUUUGAAUAGGGUAAACAAUUUUUUAUGAAAGCUGGGGAUUUUUAAAAAGUUUUCACUGCUAGGCCUCAGGGAUACCAGAAUUCUAUUGUUAUGGCUUAAUUUUAAAAAGAUAUAUUUGUUUGACAAUAACAGGUUCAUACGAGGUAUAGCACUGCU